AUAUGGGCUAAGUCUGCUAUAGAGACUACGAUGAAUAAAAAUUACUCAAUUAAUCGAAUCUCCAAUUACCUGAAUCAAUUCAAGGAUCUAUGAUAAAAUCGUAAAGUAUAUCUAUUUAAAAAAUAAGAGCUAGUGGAGAUUGUAAUAAAUUACAAAGUAUUGACAAUGUUUAGGAUGAUCCCGAAUUUCAAAUAGAAAACGAAGAAUUUCUCUAACUUUCAAAUGUAAUCCAUAUUUAGAUAUUCAAAAAAGAGAAACACGUCAGAAAUGGAUUUUGGAGGUAGAAUAAAUGAAAAAGAUAUCAAUUAAGCAUCUUCUUAGAAAGUCAACAUUGAUAGUUUUAGAUUAUUGAAGGUGUUGGGAAAAGGAUCUUUUGGGAAGGUUAUGCUUGUAUAAUAUAAGUCAUAUAAAUAUAUAGGUAAGUAUUACGCAAUGAAAGUACUUUAAAAAAAGAAUAUAAAAAAUGAUCGAUAAAAGAGACAUACUGAGACAGAGAGAAAUAUAUUAGCUACUUGUUAGAGUCCUUUUAUAGUGAAAUUAAGAUAUGCAUUUUAAUCUCCAUAUAAAUUGUAUUUGGUUGUUGAUUAUUUGCCAGGAGGAGAACUAUUUUUUCAUCUUAGAAAAGUGAUUAGAUUUGAUGAAAUUAUUGUAAAAUUUUAUGCUGCUGAAAUUCUCUUAGGAUUAUAAUAUUUACAUGAGAUAAAUAUAAUUUAUAGAGAUCUAAAACCAGAAAAUAUAUUAUUGGAUAAGAAAGGACAUGUUCGUUUGACUGAUUUUGGAUUAUCAAAGAUAAUGUUAGAUGAUGAUAAGGCAGCUUUUAGUUUAUGUGGAACUCCUGAGUAUUUAGCACCUGAAAUAUUAACUGCAAGUAUUAAUGUAAAUAAAAUUAGAAACUGGAUAUGAUAAAACUUGUGAUUGGUGGAGUUUUGGUGCUUUAAUAUAUGAAAUGUUAGUCGGAGCACCUCCUCAUUACAGAGAUAAUAAAAAGGAAAUGAUAAGAAAAAUAUUGACUCAACCUAUUCCAUAUCCUUAAUUUUUAACUGAAGAAGCUAAAUCCUUAUUAUAAUAAUUAUUAGUUGUUGAUGUAAGAUGAGAAUAAUAAUAAUAUGAUUUUAGCCUAAAAAGCGAUUAGGAUUUGAACAAGAUGGAUAUGAAAUUAUGUAACAUAACUUUUUUAGAUCUAUAAAUUUUUAAGAUUUAGCUCUUCGAAAAGUAUUUUUAAAAUUGUAAAAUAGACAAAACCUCCAUAUGAAUUUGAUAAGAAAGAAUUAAAAUAUUUUGAUGAAGGAUUAACUAAAUAAAUAGCAAAAGAUACUCCAGUAAUGGGAACACUUAUGCCUAACUAAAAUUUUUCUAAUUUUACUUAUUAACCAAGUGUUGCAAAGUGA